CUGUGGUGGCGCUGUUCGUGGAUCAGACUCACACAAACACAGCAGUGGUAUGGCAGCCUGGAAACGGGCAGCCAUUUUAUAAUCCGCAGCCUGUCUGUUACAUUUACAAUUUUAAACGGCUUUAUUCCAACUUCUAAUGAUGGGUCAGUGUGGGAUCACGUCGUCUAAGACCGUCUUGGUGUUUCUGAAUCUGAUAUUCUGGGCGGCUGCCGGCAUCCUGUGCUAUGUUGGAGCCUACGUGUUUAUCACGUAUGAUGACUAUGACCAUUUCUUUGAGGAUGUGUACACCUUGAUACCAGCUGUUGUCAUUAUCGCUGUUGGUGCGCUCUUGUUUAUUAUUGGACUCAUUGGAUGCUGUGCCACUAUUCGAGAGAGCCGCUGCGGUCUUGCCACGUUUGUCAUCAUUCUUAUGUUGGUGUUUGUGACUGAGGUGGUAGUGGUGGUGCUUGGCUAUAUUUACAGAGCGAAGGUGGAAGAUGAGGUCAAUCAUUCCAUCCAGAAAGUGUAUAAUGAAUACAAUGGCACCAACACAGAUGCUCCCAGCCGUGCUAUUGACUAUGUGCAGAGACAGCUCCAUUGCUGCGGAAUAGCCAACUACUCUGACUGGAAGAAUACGCGUUGGUUCAAGGAGUCUCGGAACAACAGUGUACCGCAGAGCUGUUGCAAACCCAACGUGAGCAACUGCACUGGCUCCCUCUCCCGCCCUGGAGACCUUUACCCUGAGGGAUGUGAAGCCCUGGUUGUGAAGAAACUGAAAGAGAUUAUGAUGUACGUCAUCUGGGCUGCGCUUACAUUUGCUGCAAUUCAGAUGCUGGGAAUGUUGUGUGCCUGUGUGGUGCUGUGUCGCAGAAGCCGGGAUCCAGCCUAUGAGCUACUCAUCACUGGAGGAACGUAUGCAUGAAAAAACAUACCAGACAGACUCCCUCUUUUCAUUCACACACACUGGGCUCAGGGUUCUGUUGGUGUGAGGUGGCACACUGGAAACGCCCUCAUUUAUCCCUCUUUCUACAUGUUACACAGGGUUUGCUCAAUGCACUGGUGAUGGGUGAAGCAAAUUGCAUCCUAUUUAUUUAGAUACUUCACAUAUUACAAAUCCGUUUUAAUUUAAUUAUGAUUUUUAUUUCUCAAAGGUGUCGGGCCAAACUGCAAAAUGGUGAACAACCAAUUGUUAAUCCCAUUGAGGAGACUUUAACACACAAAUAACUAAACAUUUUCUCUCUGUCAUAUGGAGUUUUUGAAAGAGCAUUUUUGCUUGAAUGGCAAAGAUAUGCCAUUAUUGUGUGGAAUAAUAUUUGGAAUGUAUGCUUUCCUCAUUUGUUAGUUUGCACUAUGUGUACGGUUUAGUUAUAUAUUAAAAAUACCAAAAUGACUCUUGUAAAUGGCUGGCGAAAUAUGUUUAGAGAGGAUCCACACGUGGUACGGCUGUCUUUGAUGUCACCCAUCACCAGUCUGCUGCUCAGGGAAAGUGGCAGUGUGAGAGACAGAUCUGGAUUGACACACUACAAUCAGGGUCCAAUUAGACGGCUAAAGUGAACUAUGUUCAAAAUGGGGUUCACAUUGGUUUACAUGUAAAGUGUAAAGAUGUUUUGGGGUAUAGUCUACAUGCACUACCUACCAUUUACUGAUCUUUACCCCCCCCCCUUUUUCCAUUGCUUAAAGUGUGAACAUUACUAUUCUAGGAAUAUGUAGAAUUAACAGUUAGUUUGGAUAGGUAUUUAGAACAGGGUCAUUAAUGUAUUAUUUUAAAUGAAUGUAAAUAGUUAAGAAGGGAAAAAUUAUGAAAAUAAGAUUGUAAUUUCGAUCUUAAAAUAAAUGUUUCAUAAGUUGA